AUGCUGAAGCUCGCCACCGACGUCGACUUUGACCUCAACAACGGCAAGAAGAUCCCCGCCCUCGGGCUUGGAACGGUGCCUCCUCCCGAUGCGUCCCAGAUCAAGGACCAGGUGAUCACCGCGGUGAAAGCAGGCUACCGCCACAUCGACACCGCCUGGUUCUACGGCUCGGAAAAGUAUAUUGGCGAGGCCCUUCAACAAUUGUUUAAAGAAGGCUAUAAGCGCGAGGACUUGUUCAUCACCACUAAGGUGUGGCCGCUGCACUGGAAGCACGUGGAGAGAGGGUUGGACGAGUCGUUAGCGCUUUUGCAAUUGGACUACGUCGAUUUGUUGCUUCAGCACUGGCCGGUGGCGUUUGACACUGACGAUAACGAUAAGCCAGCCGUGCCUAAGGACGAUAACGGGCGCACUAAGCUUGCUGAUGACCCCGUCACUGGCACCAAGUACUUGGACGUCUACGGACAACUUGAGCAGAUCUUGCAAACGACGUCGAAAGUGAAGCUGAUCGGGGUGUCCAAUUACUCUAUCCCCCGACUCAGAGCGUUGUUAAAGGUGGCUAAGGUUGUUCCUGUGGUCAACCAAGUGGAGUACCACCCGCAGUUGCCGCAACAGGACCUCACCGACUUUGCUAAGCAGCACGGCAUCGUCCUCUUUGCCUACUCACCCCUCGGAUCUACGGGUGCUCCAGUACUUCAACUUAAGGAAGUACAGGAUCUUGCAACUAAGUAUAAUGUGAGUGGUGCGGAAGUGGCUAACGCUUAUAACAUUUUGCAAGGGCGGGGGCUGAUUUCGCGGCUGUCUAACCUUGACCGGAUCAAGACCAAUAUCAGAUUGCCGCCGCUUACUGACGACGAGUUGAAGACGUUGUACAAGGUGGGUGAAGAAAACCCUAAGCGGUACAUCAACCCUGACUUUGGUCAGGGUCUUGGCUUCCGCUGGUGGAAGGGAGACACUUUGUCUAAGGAAUUCGACUAG